AUGUUAGUUAAUUAAAACAAAUGCAUGUUUUGUGAAAAGUUACGAAAUGAUGGAUCUUUUCAUUUAAUACUCAAGAGAGCCUUGUAUUCUAAAUACUCUUAGUCAUAAAACUUCUUUUAUGAAAAAGACAUUAAUGACAUUAUUGAAGAUCGAUCUGUCAAAUGCACCAUUCAUUAUAAAGAUCAUUUGCACCUCAAUGAUCAAAAUGAGUAUAUGCGGAGGUACCCUCAACCAACUGAUCUAGAUUUUAUCGUUUUUUCGAAAGUGAUGAUAGACUUCCAGCCCUACUCGAAUAUUAUAAAUUUCACAUCAACAUUCCAAGAAACUUUAGUUCUAAAACUAUUAAUAAAAGAAUGGAAUAAAAUAGAGAACUUUAGUAUUAUAAAAUCAAGCAAGAAUUAGGUCUAUGUGAAAAUCUUAAAAAAUUUAAAUUAGAUUCUCCACGCAAAGUUAAAGAUACCUCUGAAGAUUAAUCAGUAGGUUAAAUGAAAAACCUAUUAAAAGAUUUGAAAAUAGAAUCAACAUAAACAGAUAUUUCUAGUAAUUCCACCAUUCUUAAAGAUCUUGUUAAGAUGAUUGGAAAUAAUGCAUAAAAACCAUAACCUUUCUAAAUAUUCAAUCAUAACAAACUCAUACAAAAAUAAAUCAAUCCUGUCAUUGAAGCUUAAAAACUUUUAUAUAAAAAAAUUGAUAGUAAUAUAACAAAACCUAAAGAAAAUAAAGCUAAAAUCAUUAAAUCACCUCCAUUAACAGAACGUAAUUUAAAAUCACCUCAAUUGUCUAGAUAAUCAUCUCAUUCAAAAAUUAAAAUUGAAGUAUAAACAACAAAAAGACCUCCUUAAUUAAAAUCAAGAUAAGCAUCAUUAGGCAACAUUGAUUUAACCAAAUCCUGUUAAACCACUGCUAGAAAUAAUCCUUAAUAAAAUGAAUUAUUAUUAGAAUUAGCAAAAAAAGUUUUUUCAACCAAAAUUUCUUUAAAUAAUAAUAUUCUAAACAAAAAGAAAUAAAAUCCUUAAUAAACCAAUAAUUUUUUUGUUAAAGGCAGAACUACCUUGUAAUUUAAUCUAAAAAAUAUGGAAGAAAUAAAAAGUUCGAUGAAAAGCUUAAAUGUUCAUCAUAAAACUCCAAACUAAUUAAUAAAAUCACACUAAGGAACUCCAAAUUAUAAAAAGAAAUAAUAAUGA